AUGAGGACUAAAGCAGGGCCUAAUGUUGUGAUAAAAUUAGACAUGACUAAAGCCUAUGAUCGAUUAUCUUGGCUUUUCUUGACUAAGGUUCUGAGGAAGAUGGGAUUUGGAGAAAGAUUCAUAGGUUUGGUGUUUGGAAUCAUUUCAAAUAAUUGGUAUUCUGUGUUGAUAAACGGGCAACCUUAUGGAUUCUUCAAGUCGACAAGAGGAGUGAAACAAGGAGAUCCAUUAUCUCCUGCUCUCUUUAUCCCGGCAGCUGAAGCACUAUCUAGAGGUUUGAAUGCACUCCAUUUGGAUUUGUAUUUUUGUGGAUUUGAAUUGCCUAAAUGGAGUCCAAAAAUCAAUCACCUCGCAUAUGCCGAUGACACUAUUAUUUUUUCCUCCUCUGAUGCUACAUCUUUGAAAUUGAUUAUGGAAGUGUUAUCUGCUUAUGAAAUUGCUUCUGGCAGUUAA